ACAGGGCUCUGACAGAUGCAGAAAAACAAGCAAGCAGCGCUGGUUGCCUUGUCGGAGUCAAUUUCAGCCCUUGUACCAAAGUCCGUGUCAGCCAAGGCUCAGGGUUUGCGUGAGGGCUUCGGGACGGCUGCGGCAAAGCGCUUGGGUGUCCUGCACGCAAGGACACUUUCUGCGUCCCAUAGGGUGACCGACAGCUAUAUCCAGGGGACCCUAGACGUUCCACUUAUAAACAAAACUGUGGGCCAAUGCCUGGAUGAGACAGCGGAGCGGUUUCCCCACCGUGACGCCUUCGUUUUCCACCGAGAUGGAGUUCGGAAAACGUUUGCUCAGUUCAAAGGGGAGGUAGACCAAGCAGCAGCUGGACUUCUGGCUCUUGGCCUGAAGAAGGGAGACAGGCUAGGAAUGUGGGGUCCCAAUAAAUAUGAGUGGGUUCUCAUGCAGUUUGCAACUGCCCAGGCAGGAAUCAUCCUGGUAUCUGUGAAUCCAGCCUAUCAGGCCCCUGAGCUGGAGUUUGUGAUCAGGAAGGUUGGCUGCAAGGCACUGGUCUUUCCUGCUCAUUUUAAAUCGCAGAAAUACUAUGAUAUUCUAAAGCAGUCGUGUCCUGAAGUGGAAAACUCCAGUCCAGGGGGAAUAAAGAGCAAAAGGCUACCUGACCUAUCCACUGUCAUUAUGUUGGACUCCAAGCUGCCUGGUACCUUUCACAUGGACGAAGUGAUGCAGGCUGGGGACAGCAGCCAUAUGAAGCAGUUAAGAGCCUUGCAGCAGACCCUGUCCUGCAACGAACCGGUCAACAUCCAGUUCACUUCAGGGACAACAGGGAGCCCCAAAGGAGCCACGCUGUCUCACAGAAACAUUGUGAACAAUGCCAAUCUGAUUGGGGCGAGGCUGGGGAUCACAGAGCAGGACCACCGCGUGUGCAUCCCCGCGCCCCUCUACCACUGCCUGGCGUCGGUGGGGGGCUGCAUGGUGUCGGCGCUGCACGGCUCCUCCUGCAUCUUCUCAGCCCCCAGCUUCGAGGGGAAGGCGACGCUGGAGGCGGUGUCUCAGGAGAAAUGCUCCUUCCUACACGGCACGCCAACCAUGUUCAUAGACAUGCUCUCCCAGCCGGACUUUGACUCCUACAACCUGUCGACUCUCCGGGGAGGAAUCAUUGCAGGUUCCCCUGUUCCCCCCGAGAUCAUGAAGGUGAUUUCAACAAAGAUGCACAUGCCAGAGAUCUUGGUUGCCUAUGGGACCACAGAAAACAGCCCUGUCACCUUCAUGGGAUUCCCCACUGACAGCUUUACCAGAAGGACGGAGACAGUGGGAUCCAUCUUGCCCCACACAGAGGCAAAAAUUGAGGAUCCAGAAACAGGGAAGCCUGUGCCUCUGAACACUCCUGGGGAGCUUCAGGUCCGUGGCUACUGCGUCAUGCUGGGGUACUGGAAUGACUCUGCCAGAACGCGUGAAGUGAUCUCUGAUGACAACUGGUACAAGACUGGGGACAUUGCGACCCUGGAUGAGGAUGGCUACUGCAGAAUUAUAGGCCGCUGCAAGGACAUGAUUAUUCGGGGAGGAGAGAACAUCUACCCAGCAGAAAUUGAGCAGUUCCUCCACACCCACCCCAAGGUUGAGGAGGUCCAGGUGGUCGGAGUGAAGGAUUCGCUGAUGGGAGAGGAGGUCUGUGCUUGCAUCCGACUGAGAGCCGGGCAGAGCUGUGCAGCGGAUGAUAUUAAAGCUUUCUGCAAAGGGAAGAUCUCCCACUUCAAGAUCCCGCGCUACAUCGUGUUUGUGAGUCAGUACCCACUCACUGUCUCAGGCAAGAUUCAGAAAUACAAGUUGAGAGAGCAGAUGGAGAAGCACCUUCAGCUCUGAGCUCAAGAAGGAGAAUAAAACAAGGGAUAAAUUGGACUCACUGCAUCCAGCCUUACGUCUCCUUUUCACCUGUGCCUUGUGACAAGCAGCAGAGGGCUUCUCUCCCUGCCCUUGAACUGAUGGUACUUUCAU